CUCAAUUAAUAUUGGUUAUGUUAUCUGUGAUGAUAUUUUGUACCUUUUUAAUCAUUUAAUGUACUAAUAGUAUAUGGUAUAAACUUGCUAAAAAUGUUUUAUAUAAUUGGCUUAGGUUUAGGAGAUCCCAAAGAUAUUACAGUCAAGGGACUAGAAAUAGUUAAAGGUUGUGACAGAGUGUAUUUAGAAGCUUAUACAUCAAUAUUAACUUGUGGUAAGGAAGAAUUGGAAAAGUUUUAUGGAAGACCCUUAAUUUUGGCUGACAGAGAUUUGGUUGAAUUGGGAGCUAAUGAUAUAUUGGCAGGUGCCGACGAAAAAGAUGUUGCCUUAUUAGUUGUGGGAGAUCCUUUUGGUGCUACCACCCAUACCGAUUUUAUACUUCGAGCAAAGGAAAAAGGAAUCAAAUUUCAAGUAGUUCAUAAUGCAUCUAUACUAAAUGCUGUGGGUUGUUGUGGAUUACAACUCUACAGUUUUGGUGAAACGAUUUCAAUUCCUUUUUGGACAGAUACGUGGCAACCAGAUAGUUUCUUUGGUAAAAUUAUUAACAAUGUUAAGAAUAGACUUCAUACACUUUGUUUGCUUGAUAUUAAGGUAAAAGAACCAACUUUAGAGAGCCUGACAAUGAAAAAGAAAGUAUACAUGCCACCAAAAUUCAUGACAGUUAGUGAAGCUGCUCUACAACUACUGCAGAUAAUAGACAAAAGGAAAGAGGCUGGUGAAGAUACUGGUAUAAGUGAAGAAAAUUUAUGUGUUGGACUAGCUAGAGUUGGAUCAGAAUCACAGCAACUUAGAGUUUGUAGCUUGAAGACAAUGUCAACUGUAGAUUUAGGUGGACCAUUACAUUCCUUAAUUAUUAUAGGACCUUAUAUGCAUCCUGUUGAAAUGGAAUAUUUAGAACAAUUUCGCAUUUGCCAGCAACAAUAAAGAUAUUUGUAGUAUUGUUAAAUAUUUUUUAAAUCCUUGUUU